GAGAAAUUAGAUCUCAUGCUAUGAAAUGAAUGAAAAACUAAACUGCAUUCAUUUAAACAGACUGUUUGUGAAUGUGAAAUAGAAAAGACAGCUUUUCUGAGGAGCAUCCCUUUAAAGCCAAUUUGAGCCAGUCGUCCAAAUGUUACGGUAACGUAACCUGUAACGUAACCUCGUUGUGCGCAUUACCGUAAUGACGGCAUUCAGCCCGAAGUAACAGAUCCCAGAUCCGCGCUUUGUUUCUCCUCUCCAGACAGAGCUGGAGGAUAGAAUGAAAUAUGGAGUGCUUUUGUCUGUGGAGGUUUUUAAUACUGUUGCAACUUUGUGUUUUAUGUUUGGUUCCCGCGUCAGGUCAACAGUGGAAGAAAAUUAAAGACACGAUUUCCAAUGCUGUUAAAGGGCACGCUCCGUGCAACCCUGUCAACUGUAGCUGCCAUUUAAGGGUCCUACAGGAUGACUUGCGGCCCUUUAAAGGGAGAAUCUCUGAGGAUGUCAUGGCUGCGACCGUCCAAAGAGGGGUGGGCACCCACUACCAGAUCGUGGGACACAAGCUGUACAGGGAACACAGCUGCAUGUUCCCCGCCAGGUGCAGCGGGGUGGAGCAUUUCAUCCUGGAGGUGAUUGACAGGUUGCCCGACUUGGAGAUGGUGGUAAACGUGAGGGAUUACCCUCAAGUCCCCGGCUGGGUGCAGCCGACCCUGCCCGUCUUCUCUUUCAGUAAGACGGCGGACUACCAGGACAUCAUGUACCCCGCGUGGACGUUUUGGGAGGGAGGGCCUGCUGUGUGGCCCAUAUACCCUACCGGCCUGGGAAGAUGGGAUCUGAUGAGGGAUGACCUCAAAAAAUCUGCAGCACAGUGGCCGUGGGAGAAGAAAGAGUCCAAAGGAUACUUCAGAGGCUCCAGGACCAGUCCAGAGCGGGACCCUCUGAUCCUUCUGUCUAGAGACGCUCCCGAGCUGGUGGACGCAGAGUACACGAAGAACCAGGCCUGGAAGUCAGAGAGGGACACACUAGGGAGACCCCCGGCCAAAGAAAUCCCCCUGGUCGAUCACUGCAAAUACAAGUAUUUGUUUAACUUCCGAGGCGUGGCGGCCAGCUUCCGUCUCAAACAUCUCUUCCUCUGCGGCUCCCUGGUGUUUCAUGUGGGGGAUGAAUGGCAGGAGUUUUUCUACCCUCAGCUGCAGCCCUGGGUCCACUACAUCCCGGUCAAGCAGGACCUCUCUGACGUCAGGGAGCUACUCCAGUUCGUCCAAGAGAACGAUGCCGUCGCGCAGGAGAUUGCCACGAGGGGUAAAGAAUUCAUCCUGGACCACCUGCGGAUGCGAGACGUCUCCUGCUACUGGGAGAGACUCCUCACCGAGUUUAGCCGUCUUCUCAGCUACAAACCCGGGAGAAAGGACGGCUACAACCAGAUUGUCCACAAACCCGGCAAGACGGAGCUGUGAGAGGGAGACAUCGGCGGGACCAGGGCCGCUGUGGUGAAGGGAAAACUCCAGAGAAUGAAUGCAAUCACUGCACCACAACGUAUUUCCCUCACAAGCAGCGUGACGUGUCGACGUUGGCCUUCCAUUUUUUGUCAAAUUCACUCCUAAAUGUAGCUCGUCUAACGCUAUUUGUUUCGUCACAGAUGUAGUUUCGUAUGCUGACUGAAUGCUGCACUACCUGCAGGUGCCACUGGGGGCUCUGAGUCACUCCCGUCUUUAGUAUUCAGUCUAUACUCUCCAGCACAGUAACAUUAUUUAGUUUUUUGUAUCUGUCUCCUACGAGUCCCCCAACUUAAUGGAAGUGACGUACUAAAUUGCUGAAGUGACCCUUUAACGCGCAAUGUGAAGACUUUACAUUGUUGUGUAACAUUAAUCACAUCUGGACGAAGCUUCAGACAGAUAUCCAUGAAAAUCUGCUAACUCGACGCAUAAGAAGUUUAGUGCCUUGCUCGAGUAAAAUCUGAAUUGACCUUAAACCUGCAGACCGCUCGCCAAAAUCCAAUGAAAAUAUCACACACCUUAAACUCUAAAUACAUGAAGUGUGAUGUUGACUGCUGCUCAAACAUCCGCAAUGGAUGUACCAAUAAUAAUACUAGUUACGGGUGCCACGCUGUUACAUAUUUAACGCAGUCUAUUGUAUCGCGAGGGUCACCUGGAAACUCGGACGCUGUGGUUUGCACAAUAUGGAACACUUAUUUGCAAUUUCUUCAUCUGGACUUUUUGUAUGUAGAAGGAUAUGGUUUAUAUUCGACAUCCAACCUAAUCCUAUAGAAGUAAAGUGGCCAAAAUGUACGUAUACAUGGACUCUGUUGUUGGGGAGGCACUGCCCUCUACUGGACGACUGAGGAAACUCCUUCACCAACUGUCACGACGACGUCAUAUCCAUGUACUUUUCAAUUUACUUGUGUUGAAAUUGUGACGUCAAUGUCUGCAACUGGAGGGGUUCUGCCUUAUGUCUAAAUACCUUCCCUAAGUGCCAACAGUAGGCAAUAACGACAACAAGGAAAUAGUAAUUUGAUGUGUGGAGUUUCAAAGAAACGCGUAUUGUUUUGUACCUUUUUGAUAAUGUCUUAGUGUUGAGAGAUAGCUGGUACGGGAUAAUGUUGGAUAUGUUGUAAUAUUCACAUUGUGCUGUGAACAAGCAGAUCCUCACACUGUUGUUGACAACUGUGGUAAAUACGGUCCGUUUGUGUGUGUUUGACCAAAAGGCUGUGAUGAUGUUGCCGCUCGUGCUGCAUUUUUUUCUGUUUGUAUGCAAAUAAACUGUUUGGUUCUUAAAA